AUGGUCCCCUUUGCAAGAAAUAGUCAAGGAGUUAUUGGCUGGGGCAACCCCAACAACUAUCAACCCACUGGUACCAGAGACAACGGAAACAUGAACCCAAACUCGUCUUUCGUGCCCACUGGGCCUCGAAAUUAUCAGAACAAUGGAGCUCAACAUUACCGUGGAAACAAGAACCAACAUGCCAAUGCCAAUUGCUACAAGGGCAAGAACUUCAGACCAGACUUCCACCGUACUAAACGGGAAGAUGUUAGCCAAAGUCGAGUUGACCAAGGAGUGAGACGUACCUCCGUGAGAGCCCGCCCUGGUCCACACUCGCGUCGGCAACCACCACGCCAGAAGACCUUGCGCGGCCAACAACCUCAGAACUGCGACAUUGAGAUGGUGGAUGCCCACCCUGGUCCACACUCGCGUCGGCAGCCACGACGCCAGAAGACCUUGCGCGGCCAACAACCUCAGAACUACGACAUUGAGAUGAUGGAUGCCCCAUCGUAUGAGCCAAACGACAUCGAGAUGCCCGAUGCACCGCCACUCUUCCAAGAGUUCGGGCACGGCUCAGCUGGUGAAAUCCACGACCUAAAGACGAGACUCCAAGAAAUACGAACCUCCCUCCGGGCCUCCAUCGAGAUGGGCCUUCUCGCUGAAAAACAGGUGCUCCUUGCCAUUGACCUUCCAGGAGGUCACGGUAGCGCCGUACAAGUUCACAGCAAUUGA